AUGGCAGACAGCGGCGACGACGGUGGAGAGGGGCUCACCAACGGGAAGAGAGGGGAGAGCACGAAGAGGAGAGGGGAGAUGGAAGAGCUCAGGAAGAGCACGAGCACCAUUUCUGCAACUGGCAUUCGCAUCCUCAAGGAGCGCUGUUUCCGCAACCCUGUGGCGAGCAUCAUCCUCCUUUCCGAUGGCAUUGAUACCAUGGAUCGCUUCUCCCUCACCGGCCGCCUGCAGAGCUCUCGUCAGACGAGAGACUUCCUCCAACGCCUGCCCCCCUCGGCCCGGAGCGUCGGGCCGGUCCACUCCUUCGGUUUCGACGCGAACGACGACCCGACCAUCAUGCACGCCGUGGCCGAAGCCACCGGUGGGACCUUCUCGUUCGUCGAGGAGGAGGCGGCGGUCUCAGACGCGUUUGCCGCGUGCCUCGCCGGCCUGCUCAGCGUGGUCGCGCAGUACUUGCAUCUGACCAUAUGCUCGGCCUCGCCGGGUGUCCACCUCACCUCGGUCGGCACCGGGAACUACUUGUCCAGGAUCUCGGACCAACGCCUGAUGGCGGUCAUCGAAGUCGGUGACUUGUAUGCCGAAGAAGAGAAGUACUUCCUCCUCGACGUCACGAUGAAGACUGAGGAGCUAGAGAGGCAGCGUAGGGUGAUGCAGAAGAAGAGGAAGGCCUUGGCUACUGCUGAGGAGUCAUCCAAGCACCCUCGCAUUGAAGCUUUAAUGGCUCAGGUCGUCCCAAGUCCCACUGGGACCCCUUCUCGAAGGUUUGUUGGGAGCCCAUCCACUAACCCCGAUGUGGUGGUGGUCAGUCCGAUGAAGAUCCUCCAUCCUGGGGUGGCAAUACUCCUAUCCCAAUCUAACUCUUCAUCAACCCCUCGAGAUGAGGAGGCCUCUUAG